GCAUAGCCCAAGUCAAAUUCAGACAUGUGUGAGUAAAUUUUAAGUUAAAUUUGUUCAAAGAUCGUCCUUUUUGAGUCAACAUGUAGCGGGUAGUAGAAUAUGGUUUAGAAGCCAUCUGGAGAGAAAACAGUUACAAAUCUCGAUUACGUCGCAAAAAAAUUGGAAUCUUGCUUCUUACUUAAGAGACAAAUUCACAAUUCGGAGCAAGUUGUUUCUCCUACAAGAAUUUAAACAAAAACAAGCCAUUUUGUUUAAAGAGCCUGCGAUACGCCAUUUUGGAAAACAUGAUGUCAUCUGGUUGCCAUUGAGUGAUCUUCAAUAAUAGCGGCAAAAGCAACUACGUUUAGCUGUACUGAAAUGUUAUUAAAAUGAAGAAGAAAAAUAUAAAUUUAGGAAUACUGCGCAAUUAUUAGAUGAGGUUAAGCAGGAUAUCAUGAAAUAUCAAUGUCAGGGUCUGAGUUAUCAACUGUAGCCGAAGACUGAGGCUGAUAACACAGAUAAGAGGUAUGAUAAUUUACGAUAUCAUGCCACAACCGAAUUUAAUAGUUGUUUUAUUAUACAAUUUUUAACAAUCUGCAAAACUGAAGAGCUUUCUAUCUGAGUUUGCAAAAGUUUGAGAAAUCUUAAGUGUAAGGGGCUUGAAGACUAGGUAGACUUUGAACCCAGUAUCGGCAAUACCUGCUGCAGAUAUUGGGUUAUCAUGUCAACUUCACGCGCUAUGUAUAUUGACUAAAUGCUGGACCAAUCAGAAUUUUCAUGGUAAGUGUAAUGUAAAAUAAAGACAUUUACUGGUUACCCGAAAAAACUCCCCGAGGGCCAAACUGGCAGGUGACCACAUUGAAUUAAGAGGGUCUAAAUAGAAUUACUCGAUAGCCGUUAAACGGUCAAACAUUAAGCCGAUAGGCGUAAAAAUUGACAAAUUUUAACCGUUCGUCGUAAAAAGAAUGUAACAGUUUAAAAAAAUGUCUGGUGACCACAAUGGAGAUAUAUCAACCGUUAGCCGUAAAAAAGCCGUCACCUCUUUCAAUUUAAUAUUUACGUUUAAUGGUAAUGUUAUGGUUAAUUAACCAUUUCGACGAACUGCCCUACAGCGAUGUCAAGUGUAGACCAGUUCAUAUGAUUGCGCCCUGUAAAAAGAAGGUGAAAGCUGAUUUACUUUUUGCAAUUGCAUUUCAUUUUUCCUUGACAUUUGAACUGCUCACAGGUUGUACGAGGGCAAGUGUGAUCCAGAAGAGAGGCCCUAAACACCCUAACGUGAAUAUGCAUAUUCUCCAUACUGUUCUCUAUACAUUUUGCAAGGUGCUGACAAGGAGAAUUUGCCUAACAAUCAAGAGCUUCUUUAGUUGGUGAUCAGUUCCUUUAUUCUCCUGACCAUAAUGUGUGAUUCAGCAGCGACGCUGUAAGGAGAGAUUGGACGGUAGUUUCUCUCAGGGAUUAAAGGGUGUUUUCAUAUAAAGGGUGGAAUAGAUUCAUUAAUACUGUAUUUAUUUCAUUCGCAACCAUUUUUGAUAACUCUUUAAUUUGAGCUGUGUUUAAUUUGCUGCUUCUAGGUCAUGAUAAAAGUCAUUUCUUUGUAGCUGCCUUCGUCUGCACCAUUUACAUCACGUGUAUUGAUCAUGGUGAGUCAUAUUAGAGCUUAACUCUCGAACCCAGAUCCUACUGAGUAACCGCUACUGAAAUGUGGUAUUUUACCACCGCUCAGCUGUGGAAGGUCUGGGUACAACACUGAUAAGAACUACAAGCCGCUUUUCAACCAUUUGUUGUCCGAACCAAAUAGAGCGUAGCAAUUUCAAUGGCCAAUCAGACCAAAAGUUAACACACCACUCGGGGGCCGGUAGUGAGAACUGAAUCAAUUGAAGUAAUGCCGAGGGCACUAUAAAACGCGAGUAACCCGGAUGAACAAAGUGCCUGAAACGCGGGAAAACGCGUGGGAUCAAUGCACGAUUGGUUUAAAUUUUUUGUCAGGAGGAUGGUGCAAGUUCUCUGGUCCAAUCAUAGAGCUAGAAGCGGAGGAAACAGAUAAAAUUCCCGGAUUACUUUCGGCGCUCGUUGAAAACUGCUCUUUGGUGGAAGUUACAUAGUAAAUGAUAGAAGGCUGACGCGAAGGCAGAACAAGUUUAGAAGCUGAUUUAAAAAUAUUACAACUCUGCCUUUGUUCAGCUUUUUCUCGUCUAUUUCAGGUGUGGAAGGCGAUUGCGAACGUUCGGAUGAAUACAUCGAACCCCAAAAUUGCACGGGAAUUGAGAUCGCAACGCGUUCAGUAUGGACGGGAACGCAGUGCUUGGACGAGUGUAUCCGCCUUCCACACUGCGACAAAUUCAUUUUUAAUGGGACAGGAAAGGAAAACUGUAGACUUUUGAGCACUGAUGGCAUAUCCUCUGCUCCUGGUGUUCGAAACUUACGGAAUAUAUCCGGCGCAUGCUUACCAACAAGUAUGAACGUGAGUAGAUACUAAUUAGCAUCAGGAGCUGCUGUUAGCAUCAAUUAUACUUACAAUUGUAUAGUUUUAGCUUGUCGAAUCAAAGGCUAGGGGAAACGAGGAAGAGCAUUCUGAUAAGGCGGGGUGUUAGAGUACACUUCCAUCAAGCGCCAUGAUUCCGAGUUUAGUGUUUUUCCACUCAAUUUUUUAAAGAGGAGAGCCAAGCACUGCUAAAAACGCCAAAAAAAAAAACGAAAAAAAAAAAGAUUGCAAAGAUAGACAAAAAACAAGACUUCUUCCAAACUCUUUAAAGCGCUUUGAGGAGGAGAGAACCUGAGAGCAUGAGGUUGAAAAUGUGUGUAGGCAAACCUUCAAGUAAGCUAAACGAAAAGAGUUGGCGGUGGAGAGGGAGAGGGGGGAGAGGUAAGCCGGGAUAGACGUAGUCUCGUACUCAGACCUUUCACGGUCAAGCGGAUUCAGUUACAAUCACACGGUAGGAUCUGGGUACGAGAAAAGGAUGGAUCAACAUCCAUCCAUGGAGUAGCAGCACUCCUUGUCGUUUAAUGACAAAAAAACUGGGAUAGGCUGCGUUAGGAUGGGCUUUAAUUGUAUUUCUUGGAUUUCAGAGCGUGAAAGAUUUUCUUUUGGGAACCAAGUACUGCCCCUAUCCACUAUUUUGGAAGUCAAACGAUCCAAGCUUGGAAGUUCCUUGUCGAUAAAUUAACGUUUUAAAUAACAAACAAAAAACAAAACAAAACAAAUUUAAUCUUAAACAGUGCAACCGAGUAUGGAGUGAAACUCAAACUUCUCAUCAAGCUUCGUGCUUACGAGAGGUGCUCACUGACUACAAGGAAAUUUUACCGUAAAUGUCAAAGUAGGAUAAAUAAUGGUAAUUGAACUGAGCGGAGUGCAAUUUGGGCUGAAAUUCGAGUUCAAUUUGAAAACGCGAGUUCAAUUUGAAAUCACAAGUAUUAUUUCAGACCAAAACUGCACAACACGAGGUUCACUUACCACUUUACUACAUCCAUUUUGAAAUCGCCCAAAUACAGGACUUGGUCAGUUCAAAUAUUUUAUUACUACAAUACUGAGCCAGUUUGAAAUUAAAUUCAUUCAUUUUUUUGGGAGGAAAAAAUAAGAGUUUUGGAAACAAAAGUUUCAAAUUUUGCCACAUGAUACUUCAUGUCUUUCAUCUUCCUGCAAUUUGAUCGGUUACUUUAAACAAGCCUUGAAGUCUGAUUGGUUGUUUUGUUUUUAGUGUAGCCUCCUCAUUGGCUGGAAAAAAGAUGCGAUUUAAAGCAAAAAAUGGUGCAAUUCGUGAAUAAAUCGCACCAAUUAGAGCCAAUCAGAUUACAGGGACCACCAGUGAUUUCAAAA